UCACCAGCCAAGAUCUCCGCCGCCGCCCGCCGCCUCAACCCAACACGCAAAAUAAAAACAAAAACCCUACGACAGCUUCCCCUUCCUAAUCUGAUCUCGCUCUUCCUCUCCCCGAUUCGCUCGCAUCUCCACAUCCAUCUCGCCGGCUUCUGCCACCUCGAGUCCUCAACCUCGCGAGUUCCUCUCCUGGCACGCCCAUCCCCAACCCCUAGUCGUCCUCCGCAGCCGCCGCCGCCGCAGCAGCAGCAGCCACCUCGAGUCCUCAACCUCGCGAGCCGACAAGAUGUUCGAUUUCUUUGUGGUGAUCGAUUUUGAGGCGACCUGCCAGGAAGGCUCGGUGAUCUACCCACAGGAGAUCAUCGAGUUCCCGUCCGUCCUCGUCGACGGCGCCACCGGCCGGACACUGUCCACCUUCCGCACCUAUGUCCGCCCUCGACACCAUCCCCGCCUCACAGAUUUCUGCCGCGAUCUCACUGGAAUCACCCAAGGCGACGUCGACGCUGGAGUCACCCUCGCCGAGGCGCUGGGCAUGCAUGACCGUUGGCUCGAAGCACAUGGUGCUAAGCUGGGCAAGCUCGCCGUUGUAACCUGGGGAGAUUGGGACUGUCGCACCAUGCUCGAGGGCGAAUGCCGCUUCAAAGGUAUAGAAAAGCCUCACUAUUUCGAUGAUUGGAUUAAUCUAAGGCUGCCCUUCUCGGCGGCGUUUGGUGUUGGCAAUGUCCGGUUCACUCUGCAGGAUGCGAUUCGGAAGGCGGGGCUGCAGUGGGAGGGCCGCCUCCACUGUGGUCUGGAUGAUGCUCUAAACACCGCUCACCUCCUCGUCGAGCUCAUGCGUCGGGGAACCCUUCUCAAGAUCACCGGCUCUUUGGCGCCAAAGCGGUCACCUCCUCGCCCUGAACCUAAGGCGGCGCUGCCAUGUGUUGGCCCACGCUCGGUGGUGCCGACGCUACCUCCUCAGCCUCAGGUGCCGCUGCCAUGUGCCGCGGCCACCGGGAUGGACACAGUGCCCUGCUGCUUCUGCGGUGUGGCCAGCAAGCUAGGCGUGGUGGCCACGCCGGGCCAGAUGCAGGGGCAUUACUUCUACGGAUGCGGCUGGUGGACUCCGACAUGUUCGUUCUUCAUGUGGGCAAUAUAACUGCCUGCAGAGUAGCUGCGCGCCAGGUCAAUCUGGACACACUUCAGCGACGGCAGGUCAAGAAAGGAAAUUCACCGAUUCCACAAGUAUUUGUGUGAUGGACACGAUGCAACAAAAUGGAAGGCUACUUUCUUCUGAAGAAGACACUUUCACAAGCGCUUGAUUGGAGUCCAGCAAGUUCUAGAAGCGGGAAAGAUGUCACAGCUGCAACUAUGUCUCAAGCUGAUGGCGAAGGCAGGAAAUCAGUGCUGUGUUUGAGUAGUUAGUGUCUAGGUGUCAGGUAGGCCCCAGUGGCCAGUAUAGUGUGCGUGUAUGGCUAUACUGAAUCUUAGGACCAAGCAAUUAUUAUUUACUGAACUCUGCAUCUGAGGAAAAGAUGUGGCUAGUGUAUGUGGUACCUAGAAUGUUUGGCAUAAGAAAAAAUAUAUUAUGAAGAUUUAUAUAUCAGUGUAUA